CUUAAUACUCAAUGAGGUCACUGCAAUGAGAAAGAAUCAGAUCAAGAGAGAGGGGGAGGAAGAGGACGACGACGAGGGAGAAGAAACCCAGACGGAAAAAGGCCAUCAGACAAGGUCGCUUUUUUUGGCGACACAGCAUUUGCGAGGAGCGUGGUGCUGAAUAUCAUCCGCCCGCUCAGCGUGGGACCAACGGACUCGUAGAAGCACUUUGCGUUACCACGAAAACAAAGGAAAGAAGACGAGGGAGAAGAGGGGAGAGAAGCUGUGAGCAGUUCCGCUUUGGAUCUCAGGGAAGCCAAGCUCAUAUACUUGGCAAGGAAAGGAAGGGGAGCCUGAAAGGUCUGGGAAGCUAAGGAGGGAGCGGCGUUUCCCUGCGGAGACUUGGAACGCGGCAGAACUCUGGACAGCGCCUCCGAGCCGGGCUCCGAGCUCCGAUGGCUCCUCCAGGUUUCCGGCUCCUUAUUUGAAAGCCGUUCUACCGGUGUAAUUUCCUCUCCUGGAUUCCAAACACCGAACCGGGAAAAUCCUUCUACGAAUCCUGUCUGAACGUGCCAGGGGGUGGAGUGACUCUUUGCCUCUAGCCGGGUCAGGGAAGAGGAUCUCGGUUCUGGAAAUCCAGUCCUUGUGGAUAAUGCUUCACUGGUGAAGAAAGAAAAGUUUUGGGGUCUGGUAGGGGGCAAAAGGGGUAAGGAGGAUAGUGGAAGAAAGAAGGUGGAUGGUUGGUUUCCCUCUCUGAUCUGAAAGGAAUGAUGACCGAGGAAGGAUGUGCACCAGCGGCCAGAUUAUUGGGAGCCUCUUGGUGCUCUCUGUGCUGGAGAUAGGGCUGGGGGUGUCCAGCGUGGCCGUGGGGGCGGUCAGCUUCAGCCUGGCCCUCCGAGAGCACAAACCGCAGCUUGGAGACUCGUCCCCGGUAUGGAGCGGGGUGUGUUUUCUUCUUUGUGGCAUAUGUGGGAUAUUGUGCGCCAAAAAAAAAUCUGGACUUGUCAUGAUCCUCUUUUCUGCCUGCUGCAUCUGUGGACUCAUUGGGGGCAUCCUGAAUUUUCAGUUCCUACGGGCCGUGACAAAGAAGACUUCUCCCCUUUACCCCCUGCAUCUCGCUUCCAUGUCUCUUGCCUGCAUUGGGAUUGGGGGCUGCACCCUCUCUUCCUGGCUCACUUGCCGGCUUGCCAGCUAUGAACAGAGGAGGAUGUUCUCAGAAAGGGAGCAUUCUCUGCACCACUCUCAUGAAAUGGCUGAGAAAGAAAUGACAGACAACAUGAGCAAUGGAGGACCACAACUGAUAUUUAAUGGAAGAGUAUAAUCAAUGUUUUAAAGUAUUGAACAUUUUUUAGGAUUUUCAUGAGGCAAAGAAAUACCAAAGGAUUAGUAGAUAAAGGCAAAAAAAAGCCCUUGAAUUUGCUGUUAUCUUUCCUGAGCUCUCACUAAAAUUAUUCUUUCUCAAUUUUGCCUCACGUUAUUU